AUGCCCUCCAGGCCUUCGCUCCCACCAUUUCUACCACCGCCACCGCCACCGCCACCACUACAAACAAGCCCCCUGAUGGUCUGGGUCGAUAACAGAGCCGGCCCUCCUUCCCACUACAGGGAGACGGCCAUCGGUCCAUCUUUCAUCAUCAGUACACCGACCACCCCAUUUCCCCACGAAGGCCGCACCUCGAUGUAUGCGGCUUUGCCGACCACAGCCUCUUCGUCUGCUUCGGUCGCAGGCGGCUCCGGUAGAAGCAGAGAGCGGCGCUCUUCCCUGUCAAGAGGACCCAAGCUAGCUGCAGGCUCAACUCUAACGCCAACCCAGGUCCCGGGUUCAGCCGCAACUUCGAUCGGGGUCACCAAGAAAGGCGAAAAGCGCAAGAUGGCGGAAGUAAAUAGAGGUCCUGAGGGGCUUCGACUUCAAUAG